GCGCCCAUCUUUUUACUGUUGUAAACUAAUCUCUUCAAUGUUCGAUUCUACUCUAUGUUAGAACAUUUCUGUGAAUGCUAUUCUGAUCUAAGUGGUCCUAUUCUGUGUCCCGUGCUAGGAAGCAUUACUCCUCUUUUCAUUCCAAAUUCAAGAAUACGACUGAUACGAUUGAUUGGUCUGUGUGCCUCUUUUAUUACUUUUUUGUAUUCUCCUGUUCCUCGGAUACAAUUCGAUCCUUCUACGGCCAAAUCUCAAUUUGUGGAAAGCCUUCGAUGGCUUCCUUAUGAAAACAUCAAUUUUUUUUUGGGUAUAGACGGUAUCUCUUUAUUCUUCGUGAUAUUGACCACAUUUCUGAUCCCUAUUUGCAUUUUGGUGGGUUGGUCUGGUAUGAGAAGUUAUGGGAAAGAGUAUAUUACAGCAUCUCUAAUUCGUGAAUUUCUAAUGAUCGCCGUGUUCCGCAUGCUGGAUCUUCUACUAUUCUAUGUUUUUCCCGAAAGCGUGCCAAUCCCUAUGUUGUGCGGAGCUGAGCAUCUUAUAUUCGCUGGGAUAAAGCUUUUCCUCUGCAGGGGCCUUGUGCAGUAAACCCCCUACGGGCGGUCGUCCGUCGUCGUAAAGUAGUCCCCGCGAAGCUUUCGGGAGGAGGGGUAGUCUUGUGUGUAAGCAUAGCAUUUCUGGUCGAACCUGCCCAACCCAACUAAGAAGAACCGAACCUGACAGACACAUCUUUUUCCUUUUGGGAGGGUACUCCGAGUAGUGGGUACCUCGUAGGACCUCGACCCGCCUACUCGGGUCUUGUAUGGAUAUGCAGGAAGGGGUGCUCCUAGGUGUGUGUAGGGGUUGUGUUUGUUCGCGAGAAUGGAUUCCUCGUCAAGUCAGUUUGGGGGGUGUGGACACACUUGCGCGAAUUCGGGUAACGGCUACAAGGGAGAAAUCGAAAGGAAACUGUACCCGACCAGGGAUGGACGUAAACUCGUAAGCUACCGAGGGUAGGGAUAAUCGUCCAGGUCUUAUUGUGAAACAAAAAAGCCGCCCCGCCACAGCAGGCGGGUUGGUUCCUCUGUCGUCGCCGGGGAGCUCUUGGCGAGGAGACCUUAAGAAAAGUUUCUAAAACAAACGGGAGGGGAGGAUCGACCCGUUCAGUAUAAUUCCGAAGAAAGACUGUUGGCUGCAGAUGGAGACAUUUCUUUGGCCCCCUUCAAAAGGAAAUGCGGGCAGGGUUAAGCUCGGCAGAGGGUUCGAGAAUAGGGUAGGGUUCUGUCCUUAAGAUUAAGAUAAGAAAAUAGUUUCAAACCUUUAUGCAUGCACCUCCGUAUAAGUGCUGCGUACAAGUUCCGGCCAGGAUAAUUGGGAAAGAUCAAACCAAUUUGAACCGCUCACAUCACAAUAGUAAUAGCGUAAAGGCCGUAAGUCGGGGGACGGCCAUAACAUAAGGCUAUUACUUUCACAUCUCUCUCUAUCUAUAGAUAGAGAGAGAGAUCCGCUGCGUGAGCAACCCGACUGUGCGUUACAGGUGCUCUACAGGCCGCACUCCAUCUUUCUUCCCAACGAGCCCAUUUAUCUUUUGACUUGGAAGACGGGCGUUGCGUUCGGUUCGAAAGGCAUGGUUUUCAGUAUGUCUCCAGAUAGGGCCCCCACUAGUCCGGCUAGCUAGUGAGCGGUUCUUUCGGGCGAGAAGCAGGCCGGGCCCUACGGGCGGGCAUCUCCCGCAACGCAAGCUGCAUUGUUCGCCACCACCCGAAAAGCAAAAGAUUCGAGAGUCCAGGCUGAAAAUACAUGCAUAGAUAGUGGUCUAAUGACAAGGGCCGACGACGGAAGCUCGGGACGGAGCCGUAUGAUGCGGAAGUCUCACGUACGGUUCCCUGAGAAGGGAGUGGCUACCUACUGGAGCUUCGACCGACCACCACCGGUCAAUUCCGCUUUGGGGCCACCCCUUACUCUACCAUUAUUAUAGGGGUAUGGGGUUCGAGACAAAGAAAGAUCAAGGCAGCAUAUCAGUUUUUCCUUUAUACUUUACUUGGAUCUGUUUUUAUGCUAUUAGCUAUUCUGUUGAUUCUUCUCCAAACAGGAACCACCGAUUUACAAAUAUCAUUAACCACAGAAUUUAGUGAGCGGCGCCAAAUCUUUCUAUGGAUUGCUUCUUUCGCCUCUUUCGCCGUCAAAGUGCCUAUGGUACCUGUUCAUAUUUGGUUACCCGAAGCUCAUGUAGAGGCACCUACGGCAGGAUCCGUCAUCUUGGCAGGAAUUCCUUUAAAAUUAGGAACCUACGGGUUUUUAAGAUUUUCAAUACCCAUGUUUCCCGAAGCGACACUUUGUUUUACUCCUUUCAUUUAUACUUUAAGCGCGAUUGCUAUAAUAUAUACUUCCUUGACCACUUCAAGACAGAUCGAUCUUAAGAAGAUCAUUGCUUACUCCUCAGUAGCCCAUAUGAAUCUGGUGACUAUUGGUAUGUUUAGUCGGGCGGCGGCCGUUAGGUCACCUAUUUUGAGUUAUGGACACACAAGGCCAAAACAUGUGUGCCGGGCGUGCGACCCAUCAACCUACUAGCAAUGGGGGAGAAAACAUAGCAUGUCGCAACAAAAGCUUGAUUCGAGGCGUCAGCAAAACACUGCCGUCUGUUCCAAAAAAAAAAAGCCCCUUAGCGCCCCGGGACGGGAGUGGGGGACGGCCCUACGCGCAGGCAACAGCAGCACCGGCUCCACGAAGUCAGAAUCGAAUCUUUCUGUUGGCUUUCCCAAUUCAUUCGUAAAUAAGAAUUUAAGGGCUAGAAGCGAGCGCUUCUAGCUGCUUCGCCUGCUUCUUAUUAUGGCGGCUAUGUUGGCGUGGCGAAAAUGAACGAAAAGCGAUAUGAACGUGCUAUUUUCAAAUCGAUUGAUAGAUAGCCUGAUCUGUUCUGAUAGAUCGAAAGAGUAGGAAUAGAAAGAGAAGGAAUCUAUCAAUAAUAAGGGGGAAAUCCCCUAUUUCUAUCUAUUGAUGAGACAACUAUCUAUUCUUGAUCCAUCAGAAAGAAAUCGAUAUGUAUCUGAUGGAGUCUACAUCGUACGUAGAGCGGGCAAGCGCUUUUUAGGCCAGCUCAGUUCUCUUAUCCAUCGGUCCAAUGCACUGGGCUCAUCUCAUGGAGGGAAAAGCCAAAAUGUAGUUGUGUUGUUGUUGUUCGCCGCUUCGAUGCAUUCCCUUCUCUCCCCGGCAUCGUCCCACACAGAAAGAAAGAGCGCAGAGCCGCGGCCCGACCUGUGGGUCCGCUAACGUAAAGCGAGGAGUUGAGCCUGAACUGGCGAACCGAAGUCACUUUCGGAACCAUACUUCCUACAGCUAACACGCGUCCAGUCCAGCGGGAACGCGCAGCGCAAACGAACGUGAGCUGCUAUACCGAAUCCCCCGCUGGCCAUCGGGGACCGAGUGGUAAGGCCAUGAUCCGCAGGGGAACGGAUCACUCAUUCUUCCAUUGGGGACAGGUGCACGAACGACAACUCCAAACGUCACACAUCCGCCGCCUACUUACCGUUUAGGUGGCACCAGCGAGAUCCAGCUAAGGAAAAAAAGUUUCGCGGCUGCUCCACUCCGCCGCGGUCUCAUGAACUGAACUUCGUUGCCUUCCCGCGCGCAAGCAAGCGCGAGAGAAGCAAGCAAAGUAUAAGCUUUGCCAGAAGCAAGACGAGGAAGCGAAGCUUAGCGAGCUUUAUAAGGCCGACCACUACAUAAGCCGCUGGCGGAAAAAGCUCUUGAGAGCUUCCCUUCAUUCGCUUCGCGGGAGCCGCACAGCACAUAGCUGGAAGUCAGAGGGCCCAUACUACCUGCCUAACCCUUCGCUCCGAGGGACCGUAGAUCGGAAAGCGCCUUCUAAACCACCCCAUUCAUCCAAAAGAGAGGGGAAGGGGCCUAUGUAUUUGCAUGACCCCUGCAGAUUUUACCCUAUCUACACCCGGAGCCAAUCCCCUAUCGGUCCUGCCACCACGCCGCAGAACGAGAGCUCGUGUGGAACCUUUUAUCUCUGGCGUAACAGCGGUGGAACGUAACAAAAUAUUACGGUCGCGUAACAUAAGGGCCGGAGGUACGGUAAACUCGGCCAAAAUAUGACACCCGAAGGGCCCGGCACGCACAAUCCUAUCCUAUCCGAGUUUACCCCUUGCAUGCACUUCGGACAGCCGACCGUAGCAUCAUAAGGAGGACCUCCCUUUCGAGGUAAAAAAAAGGUACGAUACAUAGGAAGUUGGUCUUUCUCAACGUGGUGUAUAGCACGAAAAACCUUUCGAUACAAGAUAGGGCCGUUCUCACAUGAAAGAAGAGAAGAAAGGAUUGAUUCUAUUUUUUCUCUUUCUCGAGGAGGAAAGAGAAAUAGAGUCUUAUGGGGGGAGGGGGAACAUUCGGGCGCAUUUAUAAAAAUCCUCCACUGCAUCCAGAAUCACAAGUGGAACACUAAGCAGGGGUGGGAAGGCAGCGAACUCCGCAACAAAAGCGAAGCGAGCCCCUUACUCACCUCUCUCUAUAAAGCCGCCCUAUUAGUAAAGCUUGAAAACCGUUGCGCGCUAGUAGCGCGCAUCCGUUUUUCAGCUGGCUUCAAAGUGCUAGUUGUAGCGCGCUAGCGCCCCUAUAGAGUAAGGCUCUUCUGUGGAGUCGCACUCCACGAGCCUUGUCUUCCCUCCAACGACUAGCUUCCCUUUCUUGUUCCGGCCCGACAACGAGGACGCUGCCCUUCCCCCGCCGUGGAAGGACUUCAGCCUGUGGUGUGGUUCAACCCAUGGGCGGAGUCGCCCUCACCCCCCCCAUUGUUCAGUGCUCCCUGCUGCUUCGCUGGGCUUUACCCGUCCCCGGCGUGGACGCGGGCUUCUAUAAUAUAAGAAAAUGAGAAGCUCUCAACACAAGAAAACGCGAACCGCGCGGAGCCCGCCCGAGUUCGUUUUCUGCCGCCACUGGCCGGCCGCGGGGAACUACUGCUCGGUCGGGGGGAAGGGAAAGGCUUGGGCCUACCUAUCCCGAUAGGACCUCAUAAAAGAACGGGAGCUGUUGAGAGGUUCCAUAGGCAGCACUUUUGUACGUGAUCGUAGUAUGUCACGUCGUCUCGUCCCCGCUGCAUUGAAGAGUACCUAUGCACUAUGUUCCGGUUCACUGAUAAGGAAGAUAGAGUUGGGGUGGGGGUCUACGAUGUGAUACUCAAGUAUGACCCGGGGAGAUACAUGCUAACUAUGGGUAGGAAGCAGGAACCAUUAUGUAAAUAACUUCGGGGGGGUUAAAGAUCUCUUAUACUACCAUCGAUCGACAGAGCGGAACGACCAGAAAAAGAAGUGAAGUUAGAAAGCCGUAUGAUAGGUGGUAACUAUCUUGUACGGUUCGGGGGGUAAUCGGCGUACUCCGAUCAGUGGGGGGGAUCUUUGGCUCUAUCGAACAUACAGGGAAUUGGAGGUAGCAUUCCACCGAUGUUAAGUCAUGGACUGGUUUCUUCAGCCCUUUUUCUAUGUGUUGGUGUUCUAUAUGACCGACAUAAGACUCGACUUGUUAGAUAUUACGGAGGUUUAGUGAGCACCAUGCCGAAUCUCUCUACCAUUUUCUUUUCUUUUACUUUGGCCAAUAUGAGUUCACCUGGUACUAGCAGCUUUAUCGGGGAAUUUCUCAUCUUAGUAGGAGCUUUCCAAAGAAAUAGCUUAGUAGCCACAUUAGCCGCGCUUGGGAUGAUUUUAGGCGCGGCGUAUUCCCUUUGGCUAUAUAAUCGUGUGGUUUCUGGAAAUUUAAAACCCGAUUUCCUCCAUAAAUUCUCCGAUUCAAAUGGCAGAGAAGUUUCUAUAUUUAUACCUUUUCUUGUUGGAGGGGCGACCGUCCGUUGAACUACCAAAGAAAAAAGGGUAAACCAAUGUGAUCAUGACGUUGUAGGUGCUUGCGAUGGGACGGAUGCGACUUCCCUUAGUUGGUUUGGGUGGCAUAGCCCGUUGCAGAAGUCCCCCCCUUUUUUUUUUCUUUUUUUAGUCUUUAGGGAGCCAAAGCUUUACCUUACUAAUAAAAUAAGGCUCGCGCAGGGGCGUUCACUUUUUUUUGGCUGAGCCGUAUCUUUCUGGGUGGGACUGAGAGAAAAAAAGGACGGAGGGCAACCAUGCAUGGUACUUCUCGACCGUGUCUCCGAGGGACAGUUGAACGAGCGACUCAUGAAUGCUGCCGGGUUGGACGAGCCAAUUACUCGAACGCGUUCGGUCUGUUUUUUGAGCAAGAAUCACAGCGUUACCUUACCUUCACCAUGAUACGGACUCCAAGUUCUUAUGGCAGAGCACGAGGAGAUUUAUCAUCAAUAUGAUGAUGGGAAUGGAAACCAGAAGCACGACCGGGGCCUUCGUAGUCAAAAAUAAUAAAACCAUCAAUAACAGUAACGUAAGCAUGAGACUUUUUGGUAGUACCGGUGAACCAGAUGGCCGCGGCGAUGGAAUCUGGGACGGAGGACUCGUAGUAUCUCUCUAGAUCUGGCAAAAGCGAAAGACCCCCUAACGUAAUUCGAAUGGAGGCUGACCGCUGAGCCCGCUCUGGCCUCGCAGGGCGGGCCCUUGUGGUUGCGAGCUGGAGCUGCCAUAGCUUAUGGCUAGAGCAAUGAGAGGGGCCCCAGCAGAGAGAACAGUAAGGAUAACGAGCGCUCCGCCCGUCAAGCGGGCGGCAGGAGCAGCGGGCAAGUGCUUGUUAGGCCAACAGCCCAGUGAACCGGGCGGGGCACUCGACGAAAGGGGGGCACACUGAGCAAGUACGAGAAAUUAGCCCCGCUCCGCUUUAUUAAAAGCAAGGACCACUACGGGAGGUCAAACCAAGGACCUAUGGAAGUCGGGGCUCGUCCCCGGUCAAUAUUGGAUCAAACAAUAGGGGGCCGUAGCACUGACCUCUUUUUUUAUUGAUUCAAUACAAUAGGAUAGGGGAAAAGAUCGUACAGUUCCCUACCGAGACAACAGAAACUCUCAACGGAUCCUCCGCGCGCUGGGCAUACCUCUUCCGUGCGCCUUUAUCGUGACGGGAACAGAACAACAGGGAAAGACCCGGCCGAUCUGCCCAGGGCUUUCGGGCUCCUCUCGAUCUUAUUCGUAGUUGGGAAGGGGGAAGGAGUCUAAAUCAAUGGACAUUAAUGAACCAUCAUUGAUGGACGUUGCACAUGACACGAUCAAUUCGACUCAAGGCCUGGCGCUAAUAGAGGUUGCUUACUCUCCUAGUAGCGAAGGAAAAGGGCAGGGCUUUUUUCGUAGUAAUAGUGGGCUGGGCGGGUCUCAUGAGAUCUAUGCCGGCCGUCGGAAUCAAAUGAAGGUCGAAGGACCAUUCGAUUCAUUAAGGGGCAUAGAUCUAGGCCUAUUUGUUUGGUCAAUCACCAAAGGCGGGGGGGAACCACUAUGGGCGAGACCCCCCCGGCCUCGAUUCUUUUACAUAGUCUGGGGGCCGGUCGCAGCGGAGCAGCGGGGCAUAGCGGCGCCCUCGCCUGGCGCCAUUCCCGGACCUAGCAGCAGACGGGCGGGCCGGGCCUGAAUUCAGACCAGACCAGACUCUUCUUUGUUUGAGCUGCUCCCACGCACGCAGACCGGAAGAUCUCAGUUGUCCUGGACUGGACAAGUACGUAGAGAUCUUCGUGGGACCGGGGAGGGAGUCUCAAUCGAUCUUUUCUAGGAUUCCUUAUCACGCCACGCACGGAGAUCUUUCCAUUGAUAGAUAAGAGAGAGGGCUCCCCCCUUGAACAGACUCUUAAAGGUUAGGUUACUACCUGCCUCUACAGAAGAGGUGUACUUCGUACCGCCCGGAGGUCAUAUAGAUCGAAACCCGGAGCGAUAAGAACGAAAGCCCUACCCACUGCUACAACUACUGGCGCUUCAAAAAAAAAGGCUUAGAUUCUAAGGGCGCUACUGAAAGCCUUUUUUAGGUCGUGUAAUAGGGAGGUGUAAGCGCCUCGAAAGCCUUUGGUACUUCGGUAGGGCGAGCAGCCCUUAAACCAAAAAAAGGUUUGGAACCCUUCCCCUAUUUCUACAUUUCAUUCUCUAUUCGGCCCGCCUCAAACAAAAUGAGAAAAAAGGAGAGGCCUAUUGAUUCGAAGUCACUACGAAAGGGUCGGUCAAUAGCAUAGCUCUUUCUUUUUCUGGUCUCCUUUCGAAGGAAAGGCCUUCGCAUUUCUAAUCCGGUAGGGCCGGACGGCUUUGUUUGCCCCAGCUUAGCUUGGCGAAUCGCAUCCCCGCGCAACGACAUUGUUUGUGCGACCCUUACCGUUCUCGCUCAGUGUUUGCAACGGCUGGGGAGGCAGUCGUAGAAGCGAAGCCUAUCGCCACGCCGACCAUCAAAUACGAGAUUGGGGCCCUUCUCAAAGAUUUGAUGGAAUGGCCUAGCCCACCCAAGAGCGCUUAUGUCAUAUGGGAACUCAUGGCUGGAAACAAUCCUUAUGGUUUUGAUAUCCGGUAGGAAUAAUAAGAUCAAAGUCCAGGUUGGUUGGUGAGCCUAGUGAUAGGAGACUAUCUAGCUUGGUUCGGAGAGCACUUGUUGGGUUAAAGAUUUUUUUUGUUUCUAAAUGUUACGGCCUAAAUGCUGAACUAUUGACCCUACUUGUUUGGAUGGGUGUUCACCCCAAAGUGUUCCCGGACUGCAUGCAUACAUCCGUAAGUAACUUAGUGCAACAUGGCAAAUUUCAUUGAGAGGAAUCAGCAAAGAAAAGAAAAACGGGUCAACAUCUUAAUGUUUAUUUGAGAGAUUGUCCUCGGGCUGAGGAGUGUCCACAUGAGUUCGUUGAGGUGUCUACACAGGAAUAAAAACCUCUUUUUUUUAUAUUCUGUCGACAGUUCGGAUUGAUCCACCUAAGUAGAACGAAAAGGAGGAAUUGGAAAUUCAAAGGGGGCCAGAUCAGAAGCUUUGCUUCCGGUAGCUUGCUGACUCUCCUAGUUAGAAGAAGUCUCUUUGGCGAAUUCUUUAGAUCUGGAUAGAGUCCCCUUUACUUUGAUAUUCUAUUAGUAAAGCGCUAGCGCGCUACAACUAGCAUAGCAGCCUGCGGAAAGGGCUAACGAGCUCCUACUAAUAAGUUGGAGCAACAAGCAACGGAUUGAGCGCAUCUUUCCCCUUUCUAUUAGUAAGGUUGUCAAAAGGCUUUCCGAUUGUUUGAUUGCAGGGCGUUUAGACUUGACUAAUUUAAUAUUUAGGGCAAAGAGCAUCCGCUUUUAUAAAAAACUUUUAGUCAUCUAUCUCGCUACCUACUCUUUUUGCAAAAAGGCUUUGGGGAUAGGAUCACACUCGAGAAAGAGUCUACUUCAAAGGCUGCAGGGAGGACUAGGCUCUGCAGGUGGGCACCACUAUUCAUCAUGUCAAGACGGUUUGUUUGUUUUCGAAAGUAAUCAAAAAGAUUCGACGAAAACCGGGCAUACAUUCGAGAGAGAGAAAGAUUAGUUCGUGUCUGGGUCAAGGGGACGGAUGACCCGAAACCUCUUACUCCGGUAAGAGCUGUCUAACCUCUGUUGUGUUGCUAUAACCUAGUCUUACCCGCUCUUACCUCCCUGCCUGUUUUCGUUUCUUUCUUUUAUGAGAAUACCUGCCCCGCUGCCUUCGCUUUCGUUUGGGCCCGGGGAAUCCCUUGCUUUUGGCUACGGUCUUUAUUUACCUUUUUUGCACUUUUUUUUUUUUUUUCAAAACUAUUAAUUCACAAACACUACUGGAACGGCGCGGCACGACAGCAAUACCACGACAGAUAUACUUACCGACAAGAGAGAGCGAGACUGACCCACCCAAGAGAGAGAACGCAAGAGUGACUUCCCCCUAUCACUUAAAGGCCGGAAGAAAGUUUGAAUUUCCUACGGCGUUAUUUACCAAGCUCGGGACUAGAGGAGCAUUUUUUAAAUUUUAGGUUGUGAUAAGGAUGAAGUCUCAUUCAUAUAGUAAUGUCCCUAGCUUGCGCCCUAUUUGGGACUAAGGCAGGUUUGGAACCUUGUCCUAUCACCUUUAUCAAAUCCCUAGCUCUCUUCCUUAGUGCAACUGCCCUAUUCCUACCAUGGGAAUAUCUAUCUUUCUUUCUUGUGUCAUAUCU